UGUGUACGGUAAGAGUGCAGCUACCUGCGGCAAGAGUCCCAUCAGUAUAUGGUUAACAACGACUGCGGGCAACGCAGGGAGACAAUGUCCAAACACCACAGGACACCAGCUAGAACUGUGGAUAAUAUUAUUGAGGUGAAAAGCAAGUUCGACGCUGAAUUUAGAAGAUUUGCUCUAAAACGUUCAAGUGUAGGUGGUUUCCAGGAAUUUUACCAGCUGAUUCAAGCCGUCCAUCAGAUCCCUUACGUGGACGUAUUGUUGGGAUAUACCGACAUCCACGGGGAUUUGUUGCCCAUCAACAACGAUGAUAAUUAUCACAAAGCGCUCUCGUCUGCCAAUCCUCUACUGCGAGUCAUCAUUCAGAGGCGAGCUGAAGGGGACUGUGGAGCAUUCGGAACCAAUUCUCUCCUGCGCAAGAAGAAAGGUCUUCAUGUUCUGCGUCCUGUCCACCAUAAGUCAAAGCCUCAAAUCUUGAUUGGAAUGCCUCAGGAUUUCAGACAAAUUUCUUCCAUUAUUGAUGUAGACAUCCUUCCAGAAACUCAUCGGAGAGUUCGCCUUCACAAACAUGGCUCCGACAAACCACUUGGAUUUUAUAUUCGUGAUGGGGUGAGUGUGCGGGUUGCUCCUCAAGGAGUGGAAAAAGUUCCCGGAAUCUUCAUCUCACGGCUUGUCCGGGGUGGCUUAGCAGAGAGCACAGGCCUGCUCGCAGUCAAUGAUGAAAUACUAGAGGUAAAUGGAAUUGAUGUCGCAGGCAAGUCACUGGACCAGGUGACUGACAUGAUGGUAGCCAACAGUCACAAUCUGAUUAUAACAGUGAAACCAGCAAAUCAACGAAACAAUGUGAUUCGCAGCAGCAGAGCGUCGGGUAGCUCUGGAGUGUCAACAGACAGUACACCAAGCCAGCACACUAUAACCGCUACUUCCAACUACACCAACAGUUACAGUACAGCAGAAGGAGAGAGUGAAGAUGAAGGCGAUAUAAUAAUUGAAAAUGACAUGCCAUCAUACAUUCCAAAAACUGUAUUCCCUAAUUAUGUAAAUGGAGACCUAACUAAAAAGCUGCAGCAUAACACAUCUCUAAACAGCCCACUGUCGGAAAACAAUGAAAGCAAAUACAAAGGCUCAUUAAAUUCUUUGAAAACACACAAUGACAAUCCCAGAAAAGUAACUUCAAGCCAUGGAAACAUGCGAGAAGAUGGAACAAUGAUAACACUAUAGACCUUUUCUCUUGAUUUAUUACUUAACAUACAGUACAUUCAGAAUAUUACUUCUUGAUUUUAUGUUGGUUCAGCAGGAACCUCAUUUAGGAGACAGGAAUCCAAUUUAUUUUCAAACAAAUAUUUGACUGGUGAAUAAAAAGGGUAUUGGUAAAUAUGAAAGGAUAAAAUUGCAAUCACUUUUUACAUCGAGAAUCUUUCAGAACUAUGCUUGAUGUUAUUUUGGAAAUGAUAUGAUAUAUAACUUAACCACCAAGGUUCUGUUCCUUCAUCCUCACUUUUUAGCAGCCAAACUGAUUCUACAUUCUCAAAACUACAACUGAACACCUUACCUGCAACUAAAGGCGAAUAAAUGGUCUUGUGAAAUUGCUAAGUAAGUGUUUAAAAAUUUGAGUUAACUUCAUACCACAAUACUUGCAGUCUGAAGGACAACAUUACUACUGGAGUCCAUUUUUAAAAAAAAUAUUACUCAACUUUCAAUUGUAUUCAUUUCCUAAUUGAGAGCAUUACCUAUUUUUUUCCUAUGGAAAAUGUAAUUAUCAAACUGUGUAUAGAAAUUUCUGUGCAACAGUAGCAAAAUAUCUCAAAGUUGCUGUUCUGCUCCCAGAGUGGAAAAUCUUAGUGUUUUGAAAAUUUGAAUUUCAAGAGAUAUUGCAGUAAAGCAGGUUUCUUUUCCAUUCUUGGUGGUAUGAGGGUAUUCUGUAUGGUUAUCUUUUAACACAACACUACUUGUAUCUUAAGAGACCCUGCUGGCUUCAGUGCUCUUCAUCUUACAUGGUGUAAUUAAUUUACAGACUAUAGUCCACUUUUAGAAAGCAAUACUGAAAAUUUGAGAUCAGUGGGAUUAUCAAUCUGGAAGGUUUAAGCCCACAUUUUUAAGUGCACUUUUGGGUAUAUAUUUAAGCAAACUAAAAUAUUAACCAAGGAAAAUAAUUAGUUAAAUUUAUAGUUCAAUUGAUUUUUAAUUUCUUCGACCAACUUCACUAAACAUUCAAUGCAACAGCAGCUCUGGUUGAUAUCCAACACAGCAGAUGACAAUGUUGCAAUGUAUAUUGCUUUUACAAUAGUAGGAUUAGAUUGAAUUUUCUGAAGGCCAUGAAAGUAGGAUUUAUUGUUUAGUUUUAAGAAUAGUGUUCACACAGAGAAAUGAUUUCCUUGAACAAAUUUCCAUUCUAUCAAUAUUGAUCGUUAACAACUUAUGUAACACAACAGACUGCAAUGUGACAAAUUCAUUAAGAAUGAUGGAAAUCCAUGAAUGCUUGCCAUUUGCAAGCCUGCGAACCUCAGUCAGAAGAGAUGUUUAACAAAUUAAAAUGGGACUUCCCUGUAUUGGUAGAGCACAUGAUCAAUAAAUAUCAACUAUUACUAAAUUUCUUUCAGUCCUCAUCUGCUUACAUAGCCUAAUGCUUUUUUGAUUUAAAUUUUUUAAAAUCUGUUUGCUGAUAAUUGUAUUAAGAGCAAUAAUCAAUAUAUUUGCAACUCUGCACACCUCAGAAGCAUUCUCCACUGGUCUGAAGCACAAUGACUGCAGUUUUAGGAAGCCUCCUGUGGAUGGAGCACAGUGGUUCUUGGCUCUGCUUUCUUCUCCCUUUAUUUUAAAAGGACUACCAAAAAAUAAAGGCAAUAUUUCCUUUAAUGAAAGGCUCAAACAUUCAAAGAAGAAUACAUAUUGAAGAGAUGUGUUCAAGAUUUCUAAAUUUUAUACUGAAAUGAAGCUUUUUAAAAAAAAACUUCACAUUAAUUGUAGGUGGAAUUUGUUUUUAUCAUUACAUUAUUUUAAUUAUUUUAAUGACAAUUUCCUCCCACCAUGCUCUUGAGUCAGCAGGGUUCAAUAGCAGCAUAUAAUUAACUUCCCUGGGUUUUCAGGCUAUGUAUGCAUUUUUGUCAAUUUGUUAUGCAUCUAAUCUGUUUACUAAAGAGAUGGGGGCAAUUUUAUCUAACUGAGAAUAUUUUGUAUAAUUUUUUAUGAAAUGAGGGCAGUAUUUUUCUUACUUUUUGUAUCUGACCCCACUCAGUCUUAGGCCACUACCUGAUUUCCCUUAAACUGUAUAAACAUUGUAUUUAUAAUAUUUAACAGAUUAGCAGUCUUUUGUUGGCUCAGGCUGUAUAAUAUUGUGAAUGUUGGAAAUUGUAUGAUUAUUCAAAUAAAGGUUCUAACACAAA